AUGCUCCGGACGCUAAACAACACGCCUGCGCCCAUCCGCCGCGCCCUCGGGGGCUCGACCGUCCACGCCGUCCUCGCCGCCUCCCUCUGCCUCGAGACGGACGCCGACUUCGCCGUCUGGAGGGCCGUCCUGCCCACGGAAGCCGACAUGGAGACCUGCAUGCCCCUAAGCUGGCCCGCCGAGCUGCAGCGCCGCCUCCCCCCCCGGGCGAGGUCGCUGCUCGACGAGCAACGGGCCAGGUUCGACGCCGACUGGGCCCCCGUGGCGGCCGCGUACCCGUCCGUCCCCAAGGCCCGCUUCCUCUACUCGUGGCAUCUCGUCAACAGCCGGACCUUCUACCACGUCACCAGGGCGACGGAGAGGCUCCCCCCGGCGGACCACAUGGUGCUCCAGCCCGUCGCCGACCUGUUCAACCACGCGCCCGACGGGUGCAGCGUGGCCUUUGACGACGCCGCCUUCACCGUGACCACGACGCACGCCGUCCGGCCCGGCGACGAGCUCUUCAUCCGGUACGGCCCGCACUCCAACGACGCCCUGCUCGUCGAGUACGGCUUCACGCUGCCGCCGGCCGCGAACCCCUGGGACGAGAUCGGCCUGGACGAGUACCUGUGCCCCCUGUUCACGGCGGGGCGGAGGGCCGAGCUGGAGGACGCCGGCUUCUGGGGCGGGUACAUGCUCGACGCGCAGACGGCCUGCUACAGGACGCACACGGCGCUGCGGAUGCUGUGCUGCCCGCGCGCCCACUGGAGGGAUGUGCUCGACGGGCGGAGGGACGAGGACGCGGACCGCGACGCCGUCGACCAUGUGCUGCGUCGGGUUCUGCGCAAGUGCGGCGAGCACGUGGCGAGCGAGCUGGCCGAGCUGGAGCGGUGCGCUGCCGCCAACGACACGGCAGCAAGGAGCUUGAGAGAGAGGUGGUUGCAGAUGGGCGACUUGGUGACGGCCACCCUGGCCAGGCUGCGACGAGAUGCCACGCCUGCCCUGUAG